UGUCGCCUGUGAUCACCCGUAGAAGCACCCAAAUGGAGCGUAGAAGAAGAAGAGCUACGGCGAGCGGAGGAAAUACCUUAACCGAGCAAUUGUCCCACCCUUUUUUGUUAAUUUAAAAAAAUGUAUUGCAGAUAUGUGUUUUUAUUUAUUUUUUUAUUCUGGUGUGAGUCCUUAAAUUAAAGUGGGUGGGUGGAUAAGACGUGAUCCUGCGAAAACAUUUUAAUACUGCUAGCCUGGCAGCUAACAGUAAAUUUAAGAUUUAUUAUUUUUUUUUCUCGACGAGCAAUCGACAAUGAGAAAUUCAACUGUUCGAACAGCGUAAACGGCACUUUUUCCAUCUGGGAAAAGUUGCAGGCGGAUUUUCUUUCAAGAGAGGCGACAGCAGAAUGACAGAUGAUGCCGUCCUACUGGAUGUACCUGUCAUUCAGCAGCUGUACCACUGGGACUGUGGAUUAGCCUGCUCCAGGAUGGUACUCAAGUACAUUCAUCCCAUUAGUGAUGAGCAGUUUCAGAGAGCAUGCUGGGACCUGAAAAUGACGGAGAGUGUGUGGACUAUUGACCUGGCCUACCUCAUGUGCCAUCUAGGAAUCAAGCAUUGCUUUUGCACACAGACACUAGGAGUUGAUAAGGGCUUUAGGAAUCAGUCCUUUUAUAAGAAGCAUUUUGAUACCGAAGAAGAUCGUGUGAACGAGCUUUUCCUUAAAGCAGAGAACAAAGGUGUGGUGGUGAAGAAAUGCUCUGUGACCAUUCAGGAAAUCCAGUCUCAUCUAGAAGAGAGCCAUGUUGCUAUCGUGCUCGUCAAUGCUGUCAUCUUGACGUGUGAACUUUGCUCUGCACCCGUCAAAUACUGCUGCUUCCUCCCUGUGGGCCAGAAGUGUUUCUGCAGAAAACCAGAGUAUCAGGGGCAUUUUGUAGUGCUGUGCGGCUUCAACAGGACGACUGGCUGCAUCUUGUACAACAAUCCUGCGUAUUCUGACCGGGUCUGCUGCACCACCGUCAGUAACUUUGAGGAGGCUCGGCGGAGCUACGGGACGGAUGAGGACAUCCUCUUCAUAUUUAAAGCGAGCUGAUAGACAUUUUUGAAACAUUUGGAUUUCACUUCAUAUAAUGCACUCCUGUUGAUUAAAUAGUGGACUUCUUCAGUGGGUCCAUAUCCCCUUCUACUCCACCACCCUCACUGGUGCUAUUGAGUCCAGCCACUCAAGUGAAAAAGGCUUCCCAUACCUAUGUUCCUCUUUUCCAACCAACACCACUCAGCCUAUUAACGAAUUAACUCAAUAGGUGAUGCUAAAUUGUGUAUAAUUACGCUUUUUUAAAAUUUUUUAUUUAUUUUUUAUUUUUUAAAAGAGGAGCAGAUCCAUAACUAUGAAUUUGCUACUAGAAUUUUUGAAUGUUAGGGUUUUCAUGAACUUGAGAGGAGUGUUCAAAUACAAUAGAUGAAUUGUGGUAAAUUCUGACCUUGAUAGGAGUUUUCAGGAAGUGGUGGACACGUUAUUCAGGUCUUAUGAUGUUUAUCCAUAUCUUUGUGUGUUUCAAGUCAGUUCUACUUGUUUAUUCAUGGCCUCCUAACUCAACUUUGGCUCACAUUUUGUUCAUGAUAAUUGCAACAGGGAAAUUAGUUGGGCUUUGAAAGUCUCAGGUAAUUAAAAUCUGCCUUACAAAGAUAUUUUUUUUAUGUUUUGAUGGAUGCUGUCAGAGAGGUAUUAGUUUAACGGUGUUUAUUGUUAAUUGUAGUUGCUGUUUUCAGUGGAGUAUAACUGCGCUGCAUCAUAAAUAAGGUGGUUCUAACAUUUUGCAAUAAACUCAACAUUAAUUUAUGAUAAUCACUGUAAAAGAAUUAUUUUACAGUGCUUGCAUAGGAUGCCGUGAGAUAGAUAGAUACAGUGCUGUGAAAAAGUAUUGGCGCCCUUAAAUUCUUAUAUUUUUGCAUAGUUUCCCCACUUUAAGAUCAUCAAACAAAUGUAAAUAUCAGACAAAUAUAGCCCAAGUGAACAUAAAAUGAUGUUUUUAAAUGGUGAUUUCAUUUAAGGGGAAAAAAAUCUAUUCAAAGUUACCUGGCCCUGUGUGGAAAAGUAAUGCCCCCCUAAACCUAAUAACUAUUUGGGCAAUUCUCAGCAGCAACAACUGAAAUCAAGCAUUUUCUAUAACUGGCAAUGUGCCUUUUACAUCUCUGUGGAGAUAUUUUGGCCCACUCUUCCUUGCAGAAUUAUUUGAAUGGAAAAUGCAGAAGUUGACUAUCUGGUGUGUUUUGGAUCGUUAUCCUGCUGUAGAGCCCAAGAGCACUUCAGCUUGAGGCCAUAAACUGAUGGCUGAACAUUGUCCUUCAGAAAUGUCUGUUUAAGAGCAGAAUUCAUGGUUCCAUCUAUCACAGCAAGUUGUCCAGGUCCUGAUGAUCACACUACUAACGCCAUGUUUGUCUUGGUAUGAUGAUCUAUUUCUGAAAAGCUGUGCUACAUUUACGCCAGACGUAAUGAGACACACACCUUCCAAAAAGCUCAACUUUCAUCUCUUCAGUCCAUAUAAUAUUGUCCCAAAGUCUUGUUUUUUUUGUUGUUGUCGUUGUUUCAAAAGUAAGACAAGCCUUUAUGUUGUUUUUGGUCAACAGUGGUUUAUGCCUUGGACUCUGCCAUGGUCAUUUUUGCCCAGUCUCUUUCUUAUUGUUGUGUCUGUCAUAAACAUUGACCUUAACGGAGGCAAGGGAGGCCUGCAGUUCUUUAGAGGUUGUCCUGAGUUCCUUUGUGGACUCUUGGAUGAGUCAUUGCUGUUCUCUUGGGGUAAUCUUAGUAGGCCGGUCACUCCUGGGAAGGUUCACCACUCUUCCAUGUUUUCUCCAUGUGAGGAUAAUGGCUCUCCCUAUGGUUUGCUGGAAUCCUAAAGAUUUUGUAACCCUUUCCAGACUGAUAGUCAAUUACUUUAUUUCUCAACUGUUCUGGAAUUUUUCUGGAUCAUGUCAUUUUGUUGCAUCUUUUUUGGACCUUUUGUCAGACUUGAUUUUGUCUUGACAGAUUCUGUUGGUGAAUUAUUGAUUUAACAGGUCUGGAGGUAAUCAGGCUUGUGUGUGAUCUAUUAAAAUGAACCGAAAAUGAUAUGAUUAGCCACAAUUAAUUCAUGAUUUAACAAAGGGGGUAAUUUUUCACACGGGGCCAGGUAGCUGAAUAUAUUUUCAUUAAUAAAUAAAAUCAUUUAAAAUACUGCAUUUUAAGUUCACUUGGGUUAUAUUUGUCUGAUAUUUACAUCUGUUUGAUUAUCUUAAACAUUAAAGUGGGGAAACUAUGCAAAAAAUAUACAAGAAUUUGAGAAGGGGGAUAAUACUUUUUCCACUGCUGUGUAGAUGUAUUAAUCCUAUGAGGGAAUUUGUGGUGUACAUAAUGAGGUGUCCAGUGAGUGUAUAUUAUGAACCAAUCUCAGAUAAGACUAUUCCUACUGAAGGGAAAUCAGAUUCCAUAAAAUAUUCCAAAGCAGAAGCUGCCUAAAGAAGAACGUGCUUAAAGAUCGUGAACUUUCCUGUGUUGGUCACUUUUUUUGGGUUGAGAAAAGCUUCUGUUUGUUGUCAUGGAAACAUGACAUCUGGAGCAUGUUUUGUUUGUGGGCAGAACAAGUGUUGUGUUCAUUGUUGAUGAGAGUGAACAAUUUGCCAUGCCAUCUUUACUGGUAAUGUAGAACACUUCACACAAUUAUAGUUUGAAUUCAACAAUCAUACACUUCAGGUUCUUUUGAUCUUCAAGAGAUCACAGAGGUCUGUUUGGAUUUUUUUAAUGCUGUAAUUAAAGCAUUUGGACCUUAAACCUCAUUCUUGUAAUUCUCAUCUGCAUGAAUACUGUAUAGCUCACAUUUGCAUUAUAAAAUGUAAUUUUAUUUUGUGAAGAGAAGAUGCAAAAACGGGCUUUUCCAGUUCAUCAAUUAAAUACUGAUUGCCUGAACGUGUGUCAUACUGUAGAGGAGUGAUUCGUCAGGACCUGGUUGCGAACAGUAAAAUAUUUCAUGUGCAUCAGAUACCAGAUGUGUCUUUUAAUUUGCAAAAAUAUAUUUUGACGAGUCAGAAAUACGCUGGUCUUCCUCAGUUUCUUAAUGUCCUUUGAAAAUGCUCAUUACACAUGCAAGAAUGUGUAAUAACUAAUGACGUUUUUAAAGUAUCUGUUUCUUAUAUGCUUGGUUUGACUCAUUAAAUUUAUGACCAUGGGGAAAUGUGGGUGCUAAAGUGAGACUAGUUAAGAACUUCAUCUGUAGAGGUUCAGUUUUUGCUUGUAUCUAUUCCUUCACUAUUUGGGGCUUGAAGUCAUGUCUGACAGCAUUGGUAAGGUCCUCAGCAUACUCAGGGUACCGCCCAGUUAUCUACGGGAAAAAAAGAGAUUUCGAAAGCAUUUUGUAUCAGGAUGGAUCCACAGUGGCAUUCACUUUGAUUUCCAGAAAUGUGCAAAUAACUUGUUGCUAUACAACUACCUUCUAUUGAUUAAAAAAAAUCUGAAAUGUUGAAAACAAUAAAACAAGAAACAAGUCA